AUGCAAGAAUUCGAUAUUAAAGGGAAGCAAAUAGAGCAAUUACAAAGAUUUAUUGAAGCAAAGCAUAACAACGAGCGAAUAAUUGAUUACCUGCGAAAGCUAUUUGAUGAUCCAUAUAGAAAAUCAAGAAUCCUUUAUUUUCUUACGGAUGGGAAGUUAUCCAAUAGGAUUCAAGAUUUAAAUGGCAUAAAAAUGACAAUAUUUUAUGGAUUUAUGUUAAAGCUUAACUUAUGUAAGAAUAAUGAAGAAAAUUCGGAAGAAUUCAAUCAAAUUAUGUAUCUACUUAAAAGCAAAGACAUAACAUUGUCAAUCGAUGAAGUAAUGUCAUACCUUUCCAACAAAAACCUACUGACACAGCAAGUAAAAAGGCAAAUUUACAAUUUUCAAAAUCUUGGAAUUAACUUUUGGAGAACUAAAGAUCUCUUUUUGCAUAUAUCUACAACUCCUAGUGUUUAUGGUCGGAAUCUUCCAUCAAUAGCCGGAUAUGUUAUCGUUGAUUACUGUGCAGCCAAUCGAUUAUGUAGUGGCCAAUCACCUGAAGAUGCAAAAAUCAUCAACUCGUCGUACAUUACUGAUGACAAGUCAAGAAAGAUGCCUUGCAAUAAAUCCAGGCAACAAGCUGAAUUAAGACUUAAAAUCAAACUUGAUGAUGCAGAAGACGAUGCUACUACAAUCGAUAUCAAACUUUCUAAUUGUCGACAAGCAAUUUACUACGCAAUAAACCAAGGAUUCCAAAAUGCAAACUCAUCAAUCCCUCUUCUUAGAGAAAUGGGAUAUAUUUAUGGCACUGAUGCUGGAAUAGCUGCAAAAUUGGCCGCAAAAUCAAAAUCUGUUGCAGAUAGGAUCUUGGAAAAGCUCAGAGAAAGAUUUGUUGAAUUAUCCCUCCUGAAGUGGCAAUCAACCCCUUCAAUCGCUUCAAAAUUCAAUGAGAAUAUUCCUAAAUUAUAUAAUCAGUACAAAACAAUCAAAAUUUCCAAAUUUAUUGAAGAAAAAAUUUCAGAAAUUUCUGAGAUGCAGUUUGAACGCAUGAAAUAUGAUGUGUCAGCUAUUCCUGCUCUUUCUUCGAUCUCACAACAGCUCAAAACUUCGGCCGCAAAAAUAAUCGGAAUUUUAAGAACAGAAGGAACGCAUCAGGUCAGUUUGCCUCUCGCCCAUGCUUGUAUUUCAUCUGUAAUGCUCUUAAAUCAGUUAUCCAAGUUAAAUACAAUUCAAAAUGGCAAUUAUAGCGCAUUAGCUCUUGCAUCAUCAUUGGGAAUUACUGACAGUGAAUCUAAUUUGUUCCAACAGUUUAUUUGCAUAUUCACCAAGACUCUCAAGCUGUUUUCACCAAAUUCUUCUGAUUUUGAUGAAACAAUCGAAGAGAACAUUCGAGAGAUUUCAGGAAUAUGCAGAAUGUCACUUGAAGAAACCGCAACCCUCAUAGCUUAUGGCAGAAUCUUCCGGAGAGCAUUGAAAAAUUUCAAUUCUUCCAAUAAUCAGCCAGAUUCUUCUAUCCUAUUCGCAAAUAUAGAAAACAACACACUCAGCUUUGUUUUCAAUGGCAGAGAAAGAUAUAACGCAAUAAUUCCUUUGAAUUCAAUCAAAUAA